UUGAAUGAGCCACAUUGGAGAGGGAGAGUAUGGGAGUGUGUGUGCGAGGGAGAGAUGGAGACAGUGCUAUAGAGGGGGUAGGGCAGGUGAAAUUGUGUGUGUAUGUGUGUGAGAGAGAGGUUGUCAGAUCCCCCUCGAAGUAGAGGCUGCUGCUCAGUGCAGUUGCUCUGGGUCCCAUUGAUACUCAUUUAUAUAGUGGGAUGAGCUGAAAAUGUCAUUUUGAAUGGAGGGAAAAACAUUUGCUAUAUUUUUACCUUUCCUUAUUUGUCCUUCUGGAUCUUUACUCAUCUCCACUGGUCCUCCUGGCUCUCUUUGUGGGUGUAUAAAGGAGGUCACUGCGGACACAAAGAAACAGAACACAGUCCAGUAAAAGCAUGUUUUUGGGGGUGAAGACAAUGUCGCACGGGACAGCCAUGUCACGUUGCCACGACAGCAAUGUCACCUGGCCCUCUCUGCAGUGACCCUGCACAGCGAAGGAUGCUGGGGAAUAGCAAACACUAUUAUCCCGGGGAGGACGACAAGUAUGGGGAAGAUGAGGAAGAGGAAGAGGAGCAGGGACGAGAGAACAGAAAGGGGGAGAGUAGAGAGAAGGAGAAUGGAGGGAUAGAAGGGCUCGGGGAGAUGGAGAUAAAGGGAGGCAGACAAUCACGCGAAGGUAAAUGGGAGGGAGGUAAACCCUCGGCCAUUGUGGUUGGAAGACAGAGAGGAGACCGGACACUGAGGCCAGCCAAUCCAAGAACUAGAGGCAUCCCCUAUACAUCCAAUCAGGCUCCCCAAAAGCAGCAACACCAUCUCAUCCCAGCCAAUCAGCAGCAGUAUCACCCGGCCCCGUCCACUCAGACCCAGAAGAGACGCGCUCACAUGGAGCGGAGUAUGACCACAGUGGCGCCCAUAGAGGACACUCACCUGACCAUGAUGGUGUUCCGCAUUGGAAUCCCUGACAUCAAACAGACAAGGUGUCUGCAGUUUGACCCUGACUUCACGGUGUGGAGUGCCAAGCAGCAGGUCGUCUGUUCGCUGAGCGAGCCACUGUGGGACAUCUACAACUAUGGCCUCUUCCAGCCCGCCGGAGAGGGACGAGACGCCAUGUUCCUGGAGGAGGAGCGCUGCCUCCGAGACUACCCACAGUCCUUUGAGAAAGGGGUGCCUUACCUGGAGUUUAGGUACAAGACCAGGGUAUACAAACAAACAAACCUGGAUGAAAAACUACUUACUAAACUGCACACCAAGGCGAGUCUGAAAAAGUUCAUGGACUACAUUGUGAGUGGAUCAUUAGAUAAGAUAUCAAAGGUACUGGACAAAGGUCUCGACCCAAACUACCAUGACCCUGACAAUGGAGAGUCUCCCCUGUCUGUGGCGGUGCAAUCUGGUAUGACAGUGGAGGGGAUCAGGGCGCUCGUUCAAGGUGGGGCCCAUGUCGACUUCAGAUCCAGAGAUGGACUGACAGCUGUACACAAGGCUGUCAAGGCACACAAUCAUGUUGCGCUGCUGGCUCUACUGUCCCUGGGAGCGUCUCCUGAUUACAAAGACAGAUGUUGCCUGACCCCGCUGUACCACUCAGUGCUGAUAGGUGGCGACACCUCCUGCUGUGAGACCCUACUCUACUACAGGGCCAGACUGGGAGUGAGAGAUGAAAACGGCUGGGAGGAGUCUCACCAGCUCAGGGAUGAAGAGGAAUUUGGAAUGCAAGAAAUACACAAGGCCUGCCAGAAUGGUUUUGCCCAGCACCUGGAGCACCUUCUGUUCUAUGGGGCAGAUACCACUUCUCAGAAUGCCUCAGGGAACACUGCACUUCACAUUUGUGCUCUGUAUAAUAAGGAAAGCUGUGUUCGUGUUCUGCUCUACAGAGGUGCCAAUAAGGAAAUGAAGAACAAGCAUGGACAAACCCCCUUUCAGGUAGCAGUAAUGUCAGGCCAUUUUGAAAUCGGGGAAAUCAUCAAAAACCACAGAGAUGCAGAUGUAGUGCCCUUUCUGGAAUUCCCAAAGUAUGCUCCCAAAAGAGGAGAGAGUGCACGCGCAAUCCCUCUCCUCAUGGCUCACCCUCACCCCCACCCCCUUCUGCGUGCUAACAGUGAUAACAGCAUGACCCUGCCUGAUACCAUGGCCCUGCCUGAUACCAUGGCCCUGCCCAACAAGUCUGCUAGAUCCAAUCCCAUCCCUGGACAGGGUCGCAGGGCCUCUGUAGGUGUGAGGAGCUCCAGCAGUCCCAGGGCUCGUACCCGCUCCCCAUCACGAGGAAGAGGAGGAGGAGGAGGACAGAGUGACACAGAGGAGAGGCAUCACAGCAAACCACAGCGCGGCAGACAAGGUGCGACCUCAACAACGGGUGGUGGUGCAGGGUCAGCUGGGGGUCAGAUGAGGCGUAUGUACAGUGCGGUUCCAGGGCGAGUGUACGUGGCCACGAGGGCCUACACUGCCCACGGAGACAAAGAGCUUAGCAUCAGCAAAGGAGACAAAGUCAAAGUGUUGAGUGUGGGAGAGGGGGGGUUUUGGGAGGGCACAGUGAAGGGUCGUACAGGCUGGUUCCCCUCAGACUAUGUGGAGGAGGUGGGUCCUCCCAUUAAGGACAAUCGAUCAGAGACGCGCAGUGAGAAAGCCAAGAGGAAGCUGUUUCGUAAUGUCACCGUGGGAGCAUAUGAUGGUGUGGAUGGCCCCAGUGACUACAUCAUUAAGGAGAAGACAGUGCUCCUGCAGAAGAAAGACAAUGAGGGCUUUGGCUUUGUGCUUCGGGGAGCCAAAGCCCAGACUCCUAUAGAGGAGUUCACUCCGACCCCAGCAUUCCCCGCGCUGCAGUACCUGGAGUCUGUGGAUGAGGGGGGUGUGGCCUGGAGGGCUGGUUUAAGGAUGGGGGACUUCCUUAUUGAGGUUAAUGGUCAGAAUGUAGUGAAGGUGGGCCACAGGCAGGUGGUCAACAUGAUCAGACAAGGUGGCAACGCGCUGAUGGUCAAGGUUGUCAUGGUGACACGCAACCCGGAGAUGGAGGAGACCAACCUCAGGAAGAAAGUCCCCCAGCAGGCUAAGAGGCUGACUCCUCCUGCCAUUGCCCUGCGCUCUAAAUCAAUGACAUCAGAGCUGGAAGACAUGGUGGAGAAAGCUGCCUCUCCAUGGAAAAAGAAAGCAGAGUACGAGUCCUCCCAGGUGCCUGAUAAGAAGAGGACAGUCUAUCAAAUGGCACUGAAUAAACUGGAUGAGAUCCUGGCGGCGGCUCAGCACACAAUCACAUCAGACGGACAGGGACAGCGGGGUCACGGAGGGAAGAGAGACCGAACCAAGAGCAUCGCCCCCAAUGAGCCAAGUCAUGACCAGUUGGUUGGUGUGAUGCCGCCUGGGUUUGGUUACAACCAGGGUCAAUAUCCCCCCGGCCAGCCUCAUGGAGUAAUGCUGCGACAGAAAUCUAUUGGUGUGAUGGAGGAGGAGAGGCAGUACCUCCACAACCCGGCCAUGAAACUGGCCCGUAGUCUGUCAGAGGACAUCCCCCCUCCCCCAAACACAUCCGCCCCAGAACCCCCCUUAUCUGCUGACCCCCAUACUGUUUGGAGGGGGGAGCAGUCUGCCCCCCAACCUCCAUCCUCCCAGGCCCAGGCCCAGGCCCAGGCCCUCCUCACCCAGCAGCAGGCAGUCCACGCCACCCAGGCAGGCUGGGACAGGGGAGGCCCUGGCGGGGCCAAUCAACAGCACGGCAUGGCCCCGACCCUCCGGAGAGGAGGAGGACAAUACACAGGGGAGCCCCCAGAGGGGACGAAGAGAGGAGGGGGCAAAAUGGGGGUGUUGAGGAGGGGCUACAGUAGUGCUACUCCACCCACGAGUGCAGCUCCCAAAACUCAACAGCAACCCCAGCAGCAGCAACCCCAGCAGCAGCAGCCCCAGCAGCAAGUGGCGACCCGGGAGAGGGGCGGAGGGGCAGGCAGGGGUGGUGGAGGCAGGAAGGGCGGGAGGGGUCCUCUUGUAAAGCAGACCACAGUGGAAGGUGGGCUCAGCAGGCACCACCGAGGGGGGGCAAGGCCAGGGGGUAAGCGCUCAGGAGCCAAAGAGAAGAGCUCCAUCCCCAUCCCCACCAUCAUCGUCAAGGCCCCCUCCACCAGCAGCGGCAGUGGCCGCAGCAGCCAGGGCAGCAGCGUAGAUGCCGAGCAUCCGCCUCCCGACAUAGGUGACCCUACCUCCGCAUCCGCAUCCGCCUCCCCCGACACCCCCACCACUCCCGGCCUGCCUUCCCCUGUGUCCCCCUUACCACCCCAGCCCCCUGUCUCUUCCGCCAUGCCCCCUUCGAAUGUCGCCCCCCAGCUGCCCCCUAACCUGGAGAAUCUGGACUUCACCAACCAGUUCAGGGGGGCCUUCGUGGGGGCAGCGCGCCGGGACCGGGAACGUUUCCGUGACAUGAGGAGGAAGAGUGCUUCCUUCUUCCUCUCCUCCGAAGAGGACAUCCAAGGGGAGGCGGGGGGAGGUGGAGGGGCCCCACCCCCCCGCCUCCGCCCCUCCAAGUCCAUCGACGAGGGCAUGUUCUCUGGGGACAAUUAUGUCCACUACGCCAGCAGCAUGCCCCCUGCCUUCGGGCUGCCUGAGUACCACUCCCCUGUGAUGGGCCAGGACGGCCAGCCCAAGUCCGCUCCCUCCAACUACGGCCCAGGCUCUCCAGCCACCACCUUCAUCCACCCUCUGACUGGGAAGGUCCUUGACCCCUCGUCCCCUCUGGGCCUGGCGCUGGCUGCACGGGAAAGGGCCCUCAAGGACGACCGGAGGACCCGGCGGGAGGAGCGGCACUUUGGCCGGCAGAUGUCCAGCGUGGGGGCAUUUCCUACCUCUCUCCCAUCCCCCACGCCGUCCUUGUUCCCCGCCACUACCUCCCCCGCCUCCCUGAGCCGCCCGCUGUCACCCAGGAUAUUACGCUUGGGAGGGGAAGGGGGAGGGGAGAGAGUGGAGAGGGACCAGGCGGCCGGAACCAGAGAGGGCCUCAGAGUUCGCUUUUCAGAGGACAGAACCAACCAGUACCAGACCCAGUAUUAUCAACAGAGUCCUAGAGACAGGGAGCCACCUGGCCCGCCCAUGCAGCCGCCCGGCCCGCCGCCUCAGCCUGCACCCCGCAGACCCUCGUUCCUACAGAUGGAGAGCAGUGCAAACUCUAGCUACAUCCCCCAAUACCGCCUACCCGCAGCCCCAGCCCACCCACAUGAAGAUGAGGGAGAGGGAGGAGGAGGAGUGGGACUGGGGCUCAUGGUGCUUCCACCGCCCACCCCCUCCAUAGACAUAGAUGAUGAGUUUGUCUUUGUUGACCCCCUACCCCCUCCCUUGCAGUUUGCCAACGGCCAAGGCCAGAGAGAACUGCAGAGGGGAUACUCUCAACAGCAUCAACACUCAGCCUCACACGCCCCUCUCGCAUUGCCACCCCCGCCACCCCGCCGCCCCCCUCCCCUCCUAAAGUACCUCCAACAGGAGGCUUCGCCUCCAACGCCCCCUCCCUUCCCCCAAACUGGGGACUCUGCUGCCUCCAGCCUCACGUCCUACGACAGCGAGGUGGCCAACCUCACCCAGUCAGCUCUGUCUCCCUCCCUCACCUCGCCCCAAAUAUUCCCCCGUUCCUCCGCCGCCACAGUCGCCUCCGUUUUACCCGCCCCCUCACUCCACAGACCCCAGCCCAUGUCCCAUGCACACCCCUUCUCCAGUGGCCCCAGCGUACCGGUUAACCCCGCUAAUACGGGGGCGCCUGUUCCCCCGAUGACCUUAGCACAGGACCGAGGCGCGGCCACCCUCACUACGACUGUGACCUACGCCACCACGAUGACCGUGACCGCCGCCGCCACCAGUACCACCGCCUCUGCGCCGUCUUCAGACUACAAUGUAGCUGGGACCGCUCCCAGAACCACCGUCAGUGCAGUUGACAAGGCAGGCGACCACCAACCCUCCAGGAUGAAGACUGUAGACUGGCAGACAGAGACGGUGGUGGACUCUGGGAUUGAGGAGCUGGACAGUAGCAGCGACCACCAUCUGGAAACACUGGGAGUGAGCAGACUGAAGGGAGAGAGAGGAGGAGGAGGAGGAGGAGGAGGAGGAGGAGGAGGAGCGGAAGGGGAGAGAGUGGGCGGCGAGCACCCGGAUCCUUACUUGACUUACUCAGGUGGGCAGACGUUUGAAGUGCACCAUGCCAAACACACGGCCAACCCCCCUGUGUAUCCAAAGACGAUGCAGUACAAAGAAGGGGGCAUCAAGGACACAAGGGAAGCGUUGCGUCGACAGGCAAGCACCAAUCCGCCCUGCCAGAGCGUCCCACAACACCCCCAGAGACAGGCCAACCCAGAGGAGGAGGCCAGGAGAGGAGAGGGUGGAGCAGCGGACGAGAGGAAACAACGCAGACAGAGUCGACCCAAGAUGGAGGACAGCUUCGGUUCCACCUUGGCCGCCUGUCUUGAGCGGCCCAACACCCUGGAGCCAAGACCCUUGUCCUGGAGCGAGGGGGUCGACCCGGGGCAGGGCCUGGAGCGAGCCGGGGGUGGGAUGUCUGUAGAGGGGCGCAGACUGCACUCACCCCUAUCGGGAGUAAAGGCCAGCAUCAUCAACGAGCUGAGCUCCAAACUGCAACAGAUGAGCAAUAAGAGCACGGAGGACUGGAGUCAGUCUGAGAUGCGAGGUUCGAGUCCCAUUAAUCCGAGGUCGCCCACAAUGCAAAGAUAUUCAGGGGAUUUCUCUGCCUCGUUUCAGAGCCCCCCCACAGGUCACUCCACUUCCCCCUUACCCACCUCCUCCCCGCAGCAUCGCCCGUCAAUCUUCACCCCCAAUCUCACUGCCACUCCGUCUGGCUCGCCAUCCCACCAGCCCUCACUCCAGCCUAACUGGAUCCACUCCCCCUCUCCCCAGAUGCCCACCUCCCCCUCUCACUCCUCCCACCCUCCUCUCUCCCCCACUUACUCCCCUUCUCAAUCCCACCCUCCUCUCUCCCCCACAUACUCACCCUAUCCCACAUCCCCCAAACAUCGCACUAAGUACCGUGGAGCCAAGAUUUUUGACUUCCAAUGUACCCCUGGUCCAGAGCUGAGGUCAUCUAUGUCCCGCCGGCGUGCCCCCAGCCCCCUCAUCUACUCCACAAACUGCCCCAGCCCCGCCCCUCCCAGACCCUCCUCCCUCCCCAUCCUCCCCAGCACCCCUGUCUACAACACCCCCUUUGAGUUCCCCGUUCCCCUAACGCUCUCAUCCCCAGGUCACACCCUAGGAGACCCCUACAACCCCUCCACCUCUCCUCUCUUCCCCACAUCCCCACAACCUCCCAGCACCCUCUUGGUCUCCCGCUCCCUCUCCCCCACCCAGUUACUCUCCGGCGCAUCCUCACCCUCCAUGCACCUGCCCCCCUCUCCAUCCUGCCUCAACUACCCCCACCUCACCCCUCCUCCCCCAGCCAAGCCCUUCGCCAUCAAGCCCCUGUCCUACUGGACCAAGUGGGACGUGGCCGACUGGCUUUCCUACUUGAACCUGGGGGAGCACAGGGAACGUUUCCUGGAUAACGAGAUCGACGGCUCCCACUUGCCUUCCCUCACCAAGGACGACUUCCUGGACCUGGGGGUGACGCGCGUCGGCCACCGCAUGAACAUCGAGAGAGCGCUGAAGAAACUGACUGACAGGUGAGGGAAGAACGGCAGAGUCAAUGCACAGACAGAGGCAACAUGUCAGCCAGGGGCAAGUGGAAAUAAAGAGGGAGACAAAAGGACCGGAUGGAGAAGGAAAGACAAGUGCCUCUUUCCUUCCCUGCGAGCCAGAUGAGUCCAUCCCCCUUCCCUUUUUAGCCAUUAAGCAUUUAUCCUUAGAGUUCAUUUGCUAAGUUAUUCCAUCUCUCUCUCUCUCUCUCUCUCUCUCUCUCUCUCUCCCUCCCUCUCUCCCUCUCUCUCUCUCUCUCCCUCUCUCUCCCUCUC